CAAUUUGCGAACCCGUCGAGAGUUCAGCGUAGAGCGGGAAUUUUUUUUAUUUUUGAAAGUUUCGCCGCUAUGUUUUCUGACGCAAGAUGGCCGCUACUUAUUUACGCGGCCGACUUCGCCUAUAAUCAUCUAUAGCUGAUAUCUACGGAUGAUACUAUCUCCUCAAUGGGUGGAAUCGUAUUCCUUUUCCCUUCUUCCUCUGAGACACCAAUAUGCAUUGAUUUUUGAUGACGUCGUUUGGUAAUGUCACCAUUUAAUAAUACCACGUGUCUAUAGCAGCGGUUCAGGACAAAAUUAUUAUUCACUGUCAAACUGCAUAUCACUUCGUCCAGGCGCUGCAGAAGAGAUGAGUCGCUUUCUAAACGUUUUGCGCAGCUGGCUUGUGAUGGUUUCAGUCAUCGCGAUGGGAAACACCGUGCAGAGCUUCAGAGAUCACAGUUUCCUGUCCGAGAAGCUCUACACCGGCACGCCAGAGUUUGUCAACGGUCUUCAAGCUCGGACAUUUGGCAUUUGGACGUUGUUGUCAUCCAUCAUUCGCUGCGCCUGUGCCAUUGAUAUACACAACAGAACGUUGUACCACAUCACUUUGUGGACAUUUGCGUUGGCGCUGGCUCAUUUCCUGUCCGAGGCCAUCAUCUACAAAACUGCUCCUCUCACCAUCGGAGUCAUGGCGCCUCUUAUUGUGGCUAGUUUUUCAAUUCUAGGGAUGCUGAUUGGAUUCCAGUGUUUUCCAGAGACUCCAGAGGAAGUGGGAGCGCGGCAGAAGAAACGGAACUGAAUGUCCGAGCCCAGUCACCAAAAUUCCCAAAACCCACACCACCGGCAAAAAGUGUAAAGAUGAAUUUCUGUAGCCGACAAUAUAAAGUCAUAUUUUGAAUAGGAAACAAACUAACACAAAGACACAUUUUAGAAUGGAUUAAGAUUUAUUUGUGUAACAACAGAACAUAAACUCCUUUGACCAUUCAAGUUUUUUGUGGUGUCACAGAAAACACUCAUACGAGGUUUAUUUCAUGUUGGAAAUA